UCUACCACUGCUCUUACAGGCUAUACGGCCAAGCUCUUCCAACGACUGAGAGGGACAGGGAGGAAAGAAGUUGGUGGGAAUUGAUCUACUCCUACUUGUAGUAGUAGUUUUGCUUUAUUAGCACCUUCUUACUAGCAAUAACUAGGGAUUACAGUGGUUGUUCUAACUGCUAUUGCUCCCUCCCAUAGAUUUUACUAGUUUUUGUUUUUGUCCACCUCUUCAGUUGGAAGUCCAUUUUUGUCUCUGGGCAGCGCUUGAUUUUUGGUCCUUUUGUUUCUUUUACAUUUCUGAGUUGGGCAUACGUAGCAGUUACAAACAAUGAUUUAGCUGGGUAAUUCAAUUGGGAUGGCUUUCAAUCUGGACGUGGAAUCUUUGGUGGGGUUAGCACCUGGUUUCUGUUGUUGAACUACUACUAAUGCUUAAAAAUGGGUAGGUGUUGAAUAUUUUGAACACAAAACUGCUCUUGUUGGAGGAUGCUAAAGCUAGGGUUUUUCCUUCCUUUAAUGCAGUUAAAAAGGUUUCCAGAGCAGAAUUUCGGCCAAAGAAUAAAUUACUGAUAUUGAAAAAAAAAGAAAAACAUUUUCAUUUCUUGAAUUUGUUCUGCGUUGUGGAAAGUCGUCAGAUUGGUUUUGGAGAAACCAAGAAAGAUUCGUGUUAAUGCAUCUUUCACUAUGGAAACCUAUAUCAUUCUGUGCAGCCUUGAUGAUGGACAAGAAGAGCAGGAGAGGAAAAGGUUCUUGGGUGGAGGAGGAGGAGGAGUGGGGUAAGGCAAAGCCAUCAACUCUCAAGAAUUUGCCGGAGAACAAACUAAGGGAGGCUCUUGAGGAGGCUUCUGAAGAUGGGUCAUUGGCAAAAUCACAUGAAAUUGAUUCUGAGUCUUUGAAUCAAGAUGGCUACUUAGGAAGGUCAAGAUCUCUUGCAAGGCUUAAUGCCCAGAAGGAAUUCUUGAGGGCAACUGCUCUUUUGGCUGAUAGGACAUUUUGCACUGAAGAAUCCAUUCCUGACUUUAAUGAAGCCUUCGAUAAGUUCUUGACUUUGUACCCAAAGUUCCAAUGUUCAGAAAGAAUUGACCAAUUGAGAUCAGAUGAGUACAGUCACCUAUGUGAUCCAGGUGCAAAGGUAUGCCUUGAUUACUGUGGUUACGGGUUGUUUUCUUAUUUUCAAACGCUACAGUAUUGGGAUUCAUCUGUAUUUAGCUUAAAGGAAAUUACUGCAAAUUUGAGCAAUCAUGCACUUCAUGGGGGUGCAGAGGACGGUACUGUGGAGCAUGAUAUUAAAACCAAAAUUAUGGAUUACUUGAACAUUCCUGAGAAUGAGUAUGUACUUCUUUUUACUGUUAGUCGAGGAUCUGCAUUUAAAUUGCUGGCUGAAUCAUAUCCUUUCCAUUCGAACAAGAGGCUGUUGACUAUGUUUGACCAUGAGAGCCAGUCUGUGAGUUGGAUGGCUCAAUGUGCUAAAGAGAAGGGUGCAAAGGUGUACAGGGCCUGGUUUAAAUGGCCAUCCUUGAAACUCUGCUCUAGAGAGUUGAGAAAACAAAUUUCAAACAAGAAGAAAAGGAGGAAAGAUUCUGCAGUGGGGCUUUUUGUUUUCCCUGUUCAGUCAAGAGUUACAGGUUCCAAGUAUACAUACCAGUGGAUGGCAAUGGCACAGCAAAACAACUGGCAUGUAUUGCUGGAUGCUGGUUCACUAGGUCCUAAAGAUAUGGAUUCACUUGGUUUGUCCCUUUUCCGGCCAGAUUUUAUUAUUACAUCAUUCUACAAGGUAUUUGGUUAUGAUCCAACAGGGUUUGGAUGCCUUUUGAUAAAAAAAUCUGUGAUGGCAACCCUUCAAAACCAAGCUGGUCGUACGGGGUCUGGGAUUGUGAGAAUUGUCCCUGAUUUUCCUCAGUACCUUGGUGACUCUCUGGAUGGCUUUGAUGGAUUAAUGGGCGUGGAAGAAAAGGCAGACGACAAAAAUGAAAACACUGAACCAGAAAAGCCUGGAGGGCCGCAAUUGCCAGCAUUUUCUGGUGUUUAUACGGCCUCACAGGUCAGGGAUGUUUUUGAGACAGAGAUUGAUCAAGAUAACAGUUCAGACAGGGAUGGGGCAAGCACAGCAUUUGAGGAAGCCGAUAUCAUUUCAGUUGGGGAAGUUAUGAGGAGUCCAAUUUUCAGUGAAGACGAGUCAUCUGAGAACUCGUAUUGGAUUGAUUUAGGUCAAAGUCCAAUUGGGUCUGACAAAUCUAGUCAAUUAACCAAACAGAAAUCAGACUCACCUCUGCGGCCCUCAUUGUUUCCUGCCAGGAGAAACAAUGAGCAACUUUCUCUGAAGGUUACGUCUAAAUAUACGGAGAGUCCGAUAUAUGAUGACAAGAGGUUAAGUUUCAGAAAGCACGAAGAUCAUGUCUUAUCUUUUGAUGCUGCUGUGAAGUCGGUAUCACAGGACCUGGACCAUGUGAUGGGAAUCCCUGAAGAAGAAUCCCUUUCAGAAACAGAGCCAAAUUUGAAAAAGCUUGGAAACUAUGCUAAUGGCACAAAUAUCAGAGAGAUUCAGGAAGAAAAUGAAAGUUCUCUGGAAUCGAGGAUAGCAUGUUCUAGAUGGAGCUGUACUUCAAAUGGAUUUGGGGCAAAGCACAGAAAUUCAGGCUUACGGCACAGCAAACUUGAGAUUUCGUCCACAUCUGAGAUUUGCCCAGAAAGAAAAGAAAGUGCCAUAAGAAGAGAGACAGAGGGUGAAUUUAGGCUUUUGGGGAGGAGAGAAAGGAAUGGAUACACUGGAGGCAGAUUUUUCGGACUGGAAGAUGGUGACAGAGUUGCUGGCAUGGGCUGUAGGGUAUCGUUUAGCUUGGAUGAUAGCCAGAUUGUAAAUCCAAAGUCCUCUUAUGAACCAGGGGAACCUUCUGUGAACAGUUUGGUUGAUGCUGAAUCCAUCCAUGACGGUGAAUAUGGUGAUGAGCAAUGGAAUGGAAGGGAGCCUGAGAUUUUCUGCCGCCAUCUUGACCAUGUUAACAUGUUAGGUCUUAACAGAACAACUCUCAGACUGAGGUAUCUGGUUAACUGGUUGGUUAUCUCGUUACUUCAGCUUCAGUUUCCCAGUUUUGACAAAGGUGUUAAAACAUCCCUCGUGCAAAUAUACGGUCCCAAGAUAAAGUAUGAAAGAGGCGCAAGUAUAGCUUUUAAUGUGAGAGCAAGCAGCAAAGGAGGGAUUAUUCAUCCUGAAGUUGUUCAAAAAUUGGCCGACAGACACGGGAUAUCUCUUGGCGUUGGUAUCCUUAGCCACAUACGCUCAGCGAACGGUGCAAAGCAGCACAAUGGGGCAUUAUGGAUUGAAGAUGCAGCCUUUUGUAAGCCAAUGUCCAACAGCCAUUGCCGCAACGAAAAUGCGCUCCUUCGGAUUGAGGCUGUUACGGUGUCGCUCGGUUUCUUGACCAACUUUGAAGAUGUCUACAGAGUGUGGGCAUUUUUGGCCAAGUUUUUGAAUCCAUCUUUUGUUGAAGAAGACAGAUUAUCCACAGUACAUGAGGAUUUGGAAGAGGCAUUAAACUGAGACUUUGCAUUUUUCUUUUUUGGUUAGCUGGCAAGAAAAUGAAAUUUCAAUGUCAGCAUGCUUGUAUGGUCAUUCUUGCCCAAGUUGAUGUUUAAUUUGUCGGGGAUUAUGGAAGAUGCGGAACAAAGCUCGUAGCCUGUUGCAUAUCCUCUUGCUCCAAGCCAUAAGCCUGCGAGCAAAUGGAUUUGUUGAUUCUUCUUGUUUGCUUCAAUUCUCUAUUCUUUAAAUUCGAUUUGUAGCUUAGGGGUGUAGAUUUUGCUUUGUAAACGUACCAGUUGAGGAAACUUUUGACCGUAAAAGUAGAACUAUAUAAUUACCUGAAGGCAACUCAGUGGCGCGGCGCUGCCCAGCCUAGGGUACUUGAAAUCACUGGCA